AGCGACGUGGUACUAAGCAACGAAUGAUCUUUCGAAAGGUAGGAUGUUAUUUGUGCAACAAUGAAGUGCAAGGUACACGUAUAUCAAUGUACAUACAAGUAUCACGAUAUAUUCAAUUGAGAAAAGUGACCACUAAAUGCCUGGAAAAACAAAAUGCCUGGAAUCGCAAGUGCCACUGGUCUCAUCUCUGCACGUGUUCGACCUAUUUAUAGAAAUAAACCACAGCAUGUAGAACUUUCAGGACAUACAAACCCGGCACCCUUCGCCCUUCGACCUUACGCUGGCCUUUUUAAUCCCUAUUCUUAUGGAUGCUCCGUAUUAUGUAAUCAUCCUGUAGACAAUGAAGCCAAAGAAGUGGUGCGUCGUGCGAAGGACACAUGGGCAAGCGAAGGUAAAGCUUUAUUAUUAUCAGAAGAAAUGGAAAUGAUUCGUGCUAGAUUAUUAGCUGCCGGCAAAAGAGAUGUUACCGUUGAUUCAGGAAAUGUAGAUAUUAAGGAAAUUAACGUUGACGCUAUAACUGUUCCGGAAGAGUUAUUCCGGAAAUACACGGAGACCGAUUCUCGACCUCUUACACCGGCACCUACUCUUGUUAGUGUGCAAGCAGCGACAAUAUCGAGUCGUCCUAUUCAAAACGAUCCUUCAGCAAUUAUAUACAAUCCACGAGAACGCACUACAUUAGUUUUGGAUUUGCGAGCCAAAUCACAGCCCCAAUUGGACAAUGAAACUUUCACUUGGCAUGCAUUGACUUUAGAAGUUCUACCAGUCCCUAGAAAGAGUCAGAUCAUCAGCAGUAAACCAUUAUCUCGACGUCGAUCUUUUGCUUCGGUAACACGUCCAGUACCAUUUGCUCUUCCUUCUUCCUUGAAUGUCGAAACCUGUGAAACGAUCAUACACAACGAUGUUAACAACAGCAGUGAUGAACCUACGGUUGUACGAAGGCGAGGAAAAAAAUUACGUAAAAGGAAAUGCAGAAGAAAUUCGAUUUAUGGACAACAGACGGAAGUUCGGGAUCCAUUUGAACCACCAGAAACACAGAUCUCGCAAACUGAAAAUGAAUCUAGACGAGCUUCAGUUCAUCCGCUUACUGGUGAUUCUUGUACGGUAGUAUCUUCGGAAAAAGUAAUGGUUUCUUUGGUAGAACAGACGAUGCAUUCCAGUUUUAUACCGAUAGAAAUUCUGAAACAUUUGUGCAGAGAAUUAAAUCGCGAUAAAGUCGAAGCGGAAUUUUCGAUGAAGAGAAAAAUUGCAUUCGAAGAGGCUCUAAGAGUUAAAGGUGAAACUCAUUUCGCUUUGCGUGGAACGCGCCGAACUUCAGUAUCACCGAUGCAGGAUGUACCACGUGUAUUUUCACGACAAACUGCUCGUUUUGAGAUUCUGGAUAGCCAAAGUUUACGUGGAAUCACGGUACUAGUAUAUCUGAGCAGGCACGUUUUCGUGAAUUCCGGAAGAAAGUUAAUAUACAGUCGAACUUUUAUCAGGUUCCACGAGGAAACCUUACAAGGGAGCCGAUACAUUUCCCCAAACGAUGUUCAAGAAGCUCUUCAAGAUGCAAUUGGGAGGACACUGACUGAUGAACAGCAAGCACAUUUCAACAGCUUCCUAGGGAAUAUUUCCGAACCGUUAAACUUUCGAACCUGGUGUGGCGUAUGUGCAGCAGCAGAAAGAUUGUUAUGUCCUCUUCCAACCAAACAAAUUGAUCCUCCUACGUGGUUAGAAAGGCUGGACUUCGAAAUGCUGGAAAGACGACUUGAUUCGAUCAGCGUAGAUUCUCAGUUGGCUCUUCUAUUGAGAGAAAUUCGUAACAGAUAAUAUUAGUCGAUGUUAUAAAUGGAAAAAUUAAAAUAAAAAUGAAGCUUGUUCAUUACGUUCGUCGCAUGUUUUAUUGCCAGGGUAGAUGCACGUAUUACAUCUACCCAAGCGUACACAGUUACAACAAUAUACGAUUUCUCUUUUACUCUUUUUCUUUCUUUCGUUCGUUCUAACAUACAAGCAUGCGUCAUACAUACCACAUAUACACCUACGUACAUACAUACUCGCUCUAUUUUUCUUUUUAUCUUUCUUAGUACAAUAACAUAAUAAAUAAUAAAUCGUUUUUUUUUUUGUUAUCCUUAGAGAUAAUAUAAAACCGUCCUGCAUUGUGUAAAUAAAUUAAGUAAAUGAACAGUACAACGCGGAAGAGUAAUUAGAAUACGAUUUCCGUGGUGUAAUAAUGAUAUUAUAACAUAUUAUCAAGUU